AUGACGAGGGGUUCUCUUCAAACAGGCAGUAUUGUAUUGCCAAUUGGAAGCACAUGGUAUAUUUGCUCUGCUCAACCAACAACUACAAUAAGCUACGUUACCACAUACUCUAAUAUUUCACUCGCUGCAACGCCAAAUUUUGGCAAUGUUGCGCUAGUCAAUAAAAUAAGUCCCACAAUGACUGCAACUUCGAUAGGCCUUCUCAGUGCUGCUAUGACUCAGACUGAUCUCAACAAGUAUUUACUAGGUGAAGCUAAUUUGUUUUUACCUACUUAUUCCUGCUUUGACGAUCGCGUAACGAUCUGUGCUAGAGGCAGCGACUUGGGUCAACUUCCUAUAAGUGCAAUCUAUUGCGUUCUGGUAAUAAACCCGAAUACGUUCACGUCCUACGCCAACGUCAUCGUCACGUUCGACAACCAACCUCUUUCCAGCAGUGCAGCAGGAACAAAUCCGUCGCCGUCGAUCACUGCACAAUCGACGAGCAGCGUAGCAGCAACCACCGGUCCAGGUAUCACCACCGUGAUCACGGUUCCGGUUAGUGGAAGCAUGAAAGUUAAAUGGGACUUUAUGAGCAUUUUUAUAUUUGGGCUUGGUUCGAUUAUUUGGUGUUUUGGGGGAUUAUUUUAG